AUGAGGUGCCUCCAGGCAAAUCUUCACCAUGCUAAGGCUGCCACCACUGAGCUUAGCAGAAGACUUGCCGGAGAAUUCAUGGAUGGCGACACAUCAACAAUACUGGUCGAAGCGGAGUCUGGCGGAAGCAAGAGAGAGGUCGUAAUCGCCUCAGCUUAUUUCCCCGGAGACGCCGACAUAGUACCACCAGAAAAAAUCAGAGGCCUAGUGGAGUAUUGCCAAACCCACAAUCUAACCCUCGUAAUUGGAUGCGACGCCAACUCCCACAAUGUGGCAUGGGGAAGCACGAAUACAAACAACAGAGCUACACCAGGAUGUGCUUUUCACAUGUACGAUGGCGUAUCCGCCGAGAGUGAAGGAGUGCGUUUCAUACGCUUGCGAGAAGACGCCGAGAUUGGUAAAGAAAUACUGCUUCUACGCGCCUAUCCUCGCUCUACAAUAGCGCUAAGAAGUAUCGAUAAUUCUGGUGAUCAUAAGUAUUUUGGUCUCACGGAGUUAAACACCACUACAGUGCGCAUAACUCUUACGCGCUCGAUUGAGGAUCUAGUGGAUCGCGAUGUGCCACGUAAUUUGCUGAAAUUUCGGGUGAUUUGCGCCGGUAAAAAUGAAAAACUAGAAGAGGGCAGCUACAUGUCGAUCACCGUUUACAUCGAAGAUGUCAACGACAAUGCACCGGAAUUCCUCAACACUCCCUAUAUUAUCGAUGUGGAUGAGAAUACGCCACCAGGCACAAUUGUCUUCGAAGGUAUACAAGCGUUCGAUCGUGACAAACCAAAUACACCCAACUCGGAGGUGCAUUUCAGCAUGUCCACAGUCCCGGAGCAGCUUUCUGCUGAUGGUAGUCCAUAUUUUUCACUCAAAAGCCCACAUCGUCCUUUGCUCAUACUAAAGAAAGAUUUGGAUUUCGAUAAUGGCAUACGACUUUUCAAACUGCCGCUUUUCGCUUGGGAUCGUGGUACGCCAGCCAAUCAAGUUAACACGACAAUCACAAUUAAUGUGAGGGAUAUCGACGAUUUACCGCCAAAAUUUACCGAAGGCGUCUAUCGCACCAAAAUUAAUGAAUUUUAUCCAAUGACGGGCAUACCCAUCCGCAUACCACUUUACUUUUCACCUCCCAUCAUGGCGUUUGAUCAGGACUCGCUUAACGCUACGCUGGUGUAUGAAAUCAUUUCCGGUAACGAGCGUAAACUAUUUCGUGUCAAUCCUAACAAUGGGAUUAUGUACCUGCAAAAAGAAGUGGAUUUGGAGGAGGAAAGUUUACCAGGCAACACUUUUGUUCUACAAGUGGAGGCGCGGCAACGUGAAAAUCCAUUAAAGAAAGCCGUAGCAAGAAUUGAAGUGGAAGUGCUCGAUCUUAACGAUAAUGUGCCCGAAUUUGAGGCUGAUUUCUACAACAUUUCGAUUGUUGAAAAUCUACCCACCGGUUUUAGUGUACUCCAGGUGAACGCCAUCGAUCGCGAUCAAGGCGAAAAUGCUGAAUUUUUAUACCAGCUCACCGAAGAGCCGGAAGCGGCUGAUGCUUUUCGUAUUGAUGCCAGAACCGGUUGGAUUACAGUGAACGACGACCGUUUGCUUGAUCGCGAGCAACGGAAGUCACUGCAUCUGAUGGUGGAGGCAAUUGAACGUAAUCCGCCAUACAUAACUGACGCUAAUCUGCGGAAGCCUGGGCCGAAUAGAGUCAAAGUGGAAAUUACAUUGCUGGAUACAAAUGAUAAUACGCCGAAAUUUGAGCAUGGCAAUUUGUAUGAAUUCAAAGUACCCAUUACAGCACCAGUGGGCUACCAAGUGGGACAAGUUGUGGCGCUAGAUCCAGAUGAGGGGCCCAAUGGUAUGUUGUUGUAUGAGCUGCAACGGCCAAAGGGCAGUGGCUACAUACCUUUUCGAUUGGAUAUGAAAAAUGGCACAAUAUACGUUAAUGGGCCAUUGAGACGUGGACGCAUGGCAGUAUUCGUGGAAGCGAGCGAUCAGCCCACGAAUCCAUCGGAGCGACGUUUUUCGCUGGCCGUUAUAACGAUCGAAGUAUAUGCCACGAUCGAUGAUCAAGUUAUUGAUUUUGUCGGUGCGCCAUAUGAAUUUUGGGUAGGCUCCAAUGCGCCUCUAGGUACUUCGGUGGGCCAGGUACGCACCACGCUUAUAUACGAGGGAGAAGAUGAAAUCAUGUACGAUCUGUUGCACACAUAUUCUGAAGGUGUGCCGUUUGCGAUCGAAGAGCGAUCUGGCAUUAUAACAGUGAUACGCGAGUUAUCUGAGUUUACGCGGAAAGUCUAUCUCUUCGAAGCGGUGGCUAAUUAUCUCUUUGCGAAUUCUACGCAGACACUCAUUAUGUCGCGCAGCGCGCCUCCCGCAACCACUGCACCAUCGCCGGCUGAGACGACAGAUGAAGGUGUUCUUAUAACUAAUGUCACCAUUCACGUGGUUAUGAAGCCCGAGCAAAAAGUUCCCCUACGACCUGUAAUCGAGGAAAUCAAUAUGAAUGUCAUCCACUUCCACAUUGAGGAGAAUCUUGUCGGUGGUAUUAUCGGUCAACUUCUCUACAAGAAUGGCAUCAACGUUCUUAAUAACAAUAUGGGUACCUAUCGCCAGCUACAGCCUACCAGCAACAUAACUAUGGGCAGCCGUUUCCGUAGUCGUAGUCGCAGUCGGAAUUCCGUACCAGCAGCACGCGUGCGCUCACCCCGUCGUCUAGUCAGCGACUCGAAUAUCAAAUUGCGAUAUAUCAUCGCCAAUCAACAGGAGGUUGUUAACAAAAUUAGCAUUACCGAAGAUGGCACAUUACUCACACUAACCGGUCUUGAUCGCGAGGACAAGGAUCAGUAUGAUCUUACCGUAAUUGUUGAGUACACAACGGGCUUGGUGAGUGGCGCCGGUAUAUAUCAGGUGACCAUUGAAGUGGACGAUGUCAACGAUAAUGCGCCCAAGUUUAACAGCUUGUCUUAUGUUGGUCUGAUUAACGAAAACAGCGCCAGCGGUACAGAGAUCUCUGUCAGUCAGCCAAUUCAAAUUACUGAUAGCGAUUUGGGCAAGAACGCCGAGUUUCAGGUAAUAUUACAAGGCGACUAUAGCGACCAGUUUUCCAUUGACUUCCAUAAUGGCAGCGCUGAAGCACAGAAUAGAAGUCGCCACGCUCUUCAAACACCAGCCACUUUUAGCGUAUUCAACUUAACUGACCAGUGGAAUGAGGAAUUCAAAUUUGUGGAAAUGCAAAAUAUGCUCAUACAAUCCAACAUUAAGCUGGCGAGUACUCCAUAUUUCCGUGUCACCUACAGUGGCAAACGGCCACUUGAUCGCGAGAAAGAUCAAAUUUAUAAACUCAAACUUAUUGCCAUCGAUACGGGUGGCUUGUCGACCUAUUCCCAUCUAAAUAUUCUUGUAGCCGACGUUAACGACAAUGCGCCCAUUUUUGAACGUAUAUCUGUGUUCAAGGAGUCGAAAGUGGAGAUACGUGAGUACACUACUGAUAUGGAAAUUUAUUUUGUGGACAAUUCUGCUGUCCAAACGAUGGACGCAAUACAAUCAGCAAUGGUUGUACCACCUUAUCACAUACCUGGUUCUCCACGCCUCAGCUCGGAAUUUGCCUUUAACAACAGUUUUUCCGGUGUGCGCCAGCAACGUGGCCGUCGUUCGCGUAAGCGCCUGGGUCGUGGAGCUGCGCAACUAAUAAUGAAGUGCCCAUUAUUUGCCAUAUAUGAAAACACCCCCAUUACUACUAAGGUGCUGCAGAUAAUGGCAAGUGAUGAAGACUAUGGCAGCAACGCCGUGGUGCAUUACGAGCUUACCGCUGAGCAAGUGGAGCGUCCUGUAGUAGGCACACAAUUUCCAUCACGUGUGCACGGUGUGAAACAUUUCGCUGUUGACAAGUUGAGUGGAGAGUUGAUGGUCAAUUAUCCGUUGUCGGCCAAUUUGGAUAUGUUACUAAACCUUACUGCCACGGAUAUCGAUGGAUUAAAAGAUAUUACCUGCCUACGUUUUACUGUUGUUGAUGUAAAUGAUCAUGCGCCGGUUUUCAAAAAAUCCUGGUAUAGUUUCGAUACCGAGGAAGGCGAGUACCAGGAUAGCGUGUUGGGUCAAGUAUUGGCAGUGGACUUAGAUUAUGGUGAGAAUGCAAACAUUUCAUAUAGCCUUAGUGAAACGGACUUACCCUUCAAGAUCAAAACGUUAUCUGGUGUAUUAAAGAUCACUGGGAUAUUGGAUCGUGAAGUGCAUCCGAAGUACAAUUUCCAGGUUAUUGCGACCGAUAACGCUGAACUCUUUUAUCGCAUGUCGAGCACAGUUGACGUGGAAGUAAAUGUUAUUGACAUCAAUGACAAUAAGCCCGAGUUUAUUGGUUACGAUGAUAUGGUGAAUGCAGAGAAGUAUAUCGCCGACUUGCCAGAUCGCACCUUAACGUUGCCAAUCUAUAAAGCUUACUUAGAUCGAAGUACCACAGCGGGCAUGUUUGUGAAACAAGUGAAUGCUAUUGAUAAAGACUACGUCGGUAAUGGCAACGGUUUGGUGCUCUAUUCCAUACUGCAUCAAGACAUACACAACCCCAUCUUCCAGAUAGAUUCACGCGAUGGCACCAUCACAACUGUGGCGAACUUUCGUAGCUAUAACGAUUAUGAGCAUCUUAAUGUGACUGUAGUUGCAUCCGAUUUGGGUAGUCCGGCACACUCAUCCACCGCUAUCGUACUAAUUAAUCUGCAAGGACAAGCUGUUACAGAGCCCUCGGUCGAUGAGGAGGAUCAGCUUAUUGACCAACGCAACAUUACCAUAUUUCAACAUCAGUAUCACGAGGUGCAAGUUCUUGAAAACAACAAUGCUCCAUUAGAGCUCAUAAAAAUUAAUCUAACUAUCGGUCUAAAUCCCGAAGUCUUCCGUUGGAGCCUAGUUAUGGAAGGAGACGACGAACAGGAUUUCGACGCCCAACCACUAUUCGAAUUAGAUCCAAAAACCACUACACUAUUCGCUGUGAAGUCUUUCGAUCGGGAAUUGAAAGACCGUUACCAGUUACGCUUGCGUGCCGAUCGUCUUAAUCGUGAGCCUCGAAACUAUGCACAUAUUUCAUAUCCCGUUACAGAUGAGCGUGUCGAUGGUUUGGAUCCGAACGAGUGUCGCAUUGUUGUGAAUAUCCAAGACGAAAAUGAUAAUGAGCCCCGAUUUAAAUCCUCUGGCCAAGCCAUCAUUGCAGUAGUGCCGCGCACAGCUACUUUUGGUUACCCAGUAACGGUUGUAAAGGCGUUCGACGCGGAUGAAGGGCUAAAUGCUGAAAUACGAUAUCGUUUGCUAAAUGAGCCAUCACGUCUUUUUGGCAUCGAUGAAUUAACAGGAAAAAUACGUCUUGUGGGUGUUGUGCCAAUAGCUGAGCGAGUCUAUGGGUUCGAUGUGAAAGCUACGGAUCGUGGUGGCGCAGAUGAUGGACGUAGUAGUAUUGUGAACGUUUUUGUGUAUAUCAUCGAUGAGGGGCGACAAGUGCGUAUAGUAGUGGCUGGAAAACCAGUAGAAGUGGAGCGGUGCAUCGACGCUCUAAUGCAGGUGCUAAGUGAUGCUAUACAGAUGGACGUACGUGUGCGAUUGCUGGAGCCACAUGUGGGCGGCCUGGAACCAGCCACUGACGCCUAUAUUUAUGCAGUGGACUACCGCACGAAUGCCAUUUUGGAAAUGGAGCAGUUGCAGGAGUUACUGGCUAGUCUGCAACUAGACGCAUUGCAGUUCCAACGGCAACAGCAACAGGAAGAAAGUGGCCAAUACGACAGCAACAAUAUAAUGCCACGCAUUAUAGAAUUGGCUGAAUUUGGACAAUUGGCGCGCAAAACACCGCAUUCGGCGAAUUUCAUCAGCGGCUUGGAGAUAGUGAGCAUUGUGUUGAUUGUGUUGUGCGGCAUUGGAGCGGCAAUGACUGCGCUUUGCUUUUUGUGCCUACGUCAGAAACGCAGCACUAUUUGGACGCAGCCGGAAUUUCCCUCAUCGGAAACCGGUCUAACUUAUAGUGUCGCUCGCACAAGCCUUAUGGCGGCCGGCAAUUGCCGUACACAUCAUAGUCGCCAACGUCAAUUGCAACACAAGCAACAGCAAAAGAAACAAGUGCAGCUGCAGCAACAGCAACAACACCAACAAGUGCAACUAUGCGGUAAGUCAGUCAAGACCACAAGUUCUUUCAUUCCAGAAUCGGUAUGCUCAUCCUCGUCGCAGACACAAUCGACCGCUGUUGCUGCCUCACCAAAUGGCGAUCCUCAGCAUUCGCAACAACAACAAAAAGAUCAUCAACAACAGUCUCUUCACCAACAUCAUCAUCCGCACAAUCAUAAUCAUGCACUUCAUUCGCACUUAAAUCAUUACGCUCUCAAUGGGCAUGGGCAACAACAACAAACGCAACAUCAACAGCAUGUCGACCAACGACAACGCGAAUACAUCGAUGUGCCACUUCCCAAAUCCAUUGCCAAGUCAGUGGCAGCUAAUCGCUGUGCAACAUUUGAGAACGAGCCCACGUCGCUGCCAUUUGUGCUCAAAUACAAUUCAUGCCAACCGGUCAAUAAUCUCGGAUAUGAGACCUCCAUGUUUUCGUUACAUUCAAAUGGUCAAGAUUCUGGAGUUGACUUCCUUAGCAGCCGUGAGUUAUAUGAAACUUCGCCGGAUUCUUUUAAAACCAGCUCACAGCACUCACAAAGUUUGAAUAAAUUAGAAUUGCUAUGUCCCAGACAUGCCAAGCAUAAGCAUAACGGCAACAGUAACAGCAACGGCAAUAGCAACAACAAUACGAGUGGUAGUGGCGGAAGUGUGACAGCAACGAUGGGAAACGAAAGCAGUGACAACUACGAAGACUCACUUAAGAAUGAUGAGCCAUUGGUGGCAUCCAAUUGUCGCAAUUCGCAUGCCAUGCAUAAUUCACUAUGCGAUCACCAUCGGCACGACUAUCAAAAUACGAAAUUCGAAAAGCACUCGUGCGCACGACACUCCUUCUCCGGCGUGAAAGAUGACUUGGUGCAGAAUUCGCCGCAGAUUUCUUUGCGUCCUCGCGGCCAUAUACUACGCAACUCCAUGAAUGAUCUGGAAGAGCGACUACAUAAUUUGGAGCAAUCGUUUCGACGACCGAUGGACUAUGCAAAGUCUAGUUCGAUUUUUUAAAAGAUUUUAGUGAAUUGCAAAAAAAAAAAACGAAAUACUAAAUUAUUAA